ACCCGGACAUCAUGGCAAGGACUGGUCGUGUUCGCGUUGCUUAAACACGUCAGGGUAAAAGCUGAAAAAAAGGAGUAAACGGAAAUAAAUGAACUAAGAAGGAUCCUGUUAGUCGGUUAUUUGUUGUUUUGGUCGUUGUCAGAGCUACAGGUUUGACUUGUCUAAAUGUGAGCUGAAGCCAUGGUACCAACUCAGAAACGCCACCUGUCACGCCUGCUUCUCUCAGUCCUGCUGCUCAGUGGCUGGACAGCAGAAGGAGCUCAGAAUGGGUCAGAGCAGGCAGCGUCCUCUCUGCAUUUGGCCAGCGUCCCCUCCAGUGGGGACAUUGUGGUGAAGGAGGGAUCCAGUGUGCUUAUUGAGUGUAACGUGACUGGAGUCCAUGAUGACUUCAAGUGGUACAACUCUAAAUCACAUCUGCUGGAUGAGGACGCAGGUGGGAAGUGGCAGAUUCAGCAGAAUGGCGUCCUGAACAUCACUGCGGUCUCCUUUGAGGACCGCGGCCGCUACACCUGCGUAGCCUCCAGUGGUGCCAGUAAGACCCAAAAACACCGUCACU